AUGUCUUUCGCGCGCGCACUUGUUGCCGCCGGUCCCUCCGCCAGGCUGGCUGCUGGCCGUAUCACCGCCCCACGCUCUCUUGCUGUUGCCUUCCGCUCGCACUCGACCGCGCCUCGCCACGCCGAACACAAACCCCACCUGAACACCUACCAGUAUGCGAAGCCUGUCCCCAACCCCUCCUCCUCUGCCACCGCGCACUACACCGCCGCCGACAAGCACGGCGAGGGGUUCGAUCCUUACAAGGGCGGCCCCAGUGCGCUCGACAAGGCCGUACACCUGUUCUUCUUCACCGAGAUCGUUCGAGGCAUGUGGCUGGUGUUGGAGCAGUUCUUCCGUCCGCCAUACACGAUCAUGUACCCUUACGAGAAGGGCCCUCUUUCCCCUCGCUUCCGCGGAGAGCACGCUCUCCGCAGAUACCCUAGCGGCGAAGAACGGUGCAUCGCGUGCAAGCUCUGUGAGGCGAUUUGCCCUGCGCAGGCCAUUACCAUCGAGAGCGAGGCCCGACUCGACGGCUCGCGGCGGACGACCCGCUAUGAUAUCGACAUGACCAAGUGCAUUUACUGCGGGUUCUGCCAGGAAGCGUGUCCCGUGGACGCCAUCGUCGAGACCCAAAACCAGGAGUUCUCAACCGAGACGCGUGAAGAGUUGCUGUACAACAAGGAGAAGCUUCUCGCGAACGGUGACCGGGCGGAGGCCGAGAUUGCGGCGAACUUGCACGCGGACCACGUCUACCGGUGA